AUGGUUCCUGGCACCACGGCUGUCUGGUGGCGGGGUGACCUACCUUCCCGCACUAAAACGAAAACCACCCAUCAGAAAUACAGCCAGACUGAGAAGUUCACCUUUGUCAGCAAUUCACCGUCAGCCGAGCUCCGAGCUCCCAACUUCAGUCAGUCACCAAGGCCAGAAAGAUAUUCACAAGCACCUGGCCGAACGACGACCAGGUUCUACCCCCUGUCCAGCAGAGCCUCUUGUGCCCAUUUCUACCCCAAUCUUCCCAUUUGUGGGGUCUUUCUUCCGUUUCACCAACCACACUGUACGUCACCAACAGGAGCUGGAUUUGGUGGCCUGAUCUCAUCCUCGCCGGUCCCGAGAUAUCAGCAUAUCACAGGUCUACUCCAAUCCGAAUACGAUCUCUACACCCUGGCACUUGUCCGAAGCAUCAAGGAGACCAAUUGGUGA